AUGCAGUCCGUCUUUGUCGCCCUUUUUGCCAUUGCCGGCAUCGCCAGUGCUGGACCAGCCGUUGAGAAACGAGCUGAGUGCCCUGGCACCGGAGCCUACUACGUCUGUGGUAACAACAACUUCCGCGGGUAUUGCAGUGUCGACCCUUGCGCUAUUCCUUGGUGUCCCGACUUUAAGCUGAAGACUUGUGAGCCUGCUACCACCGAGAAGCCGGCCGGUGAGAGCCCCACUACCACCGUCAUCUCCGAGCCGGCUCCCACCGCCGAGGUCAAGAACCCCGGCGCUUUCCCUCCCGGUGAUGUCUGCCCCCCCGGCCUGGGCCGUCUCCAGGUCUGCGCCAACAACGGCUUCCGCGGCUGCUGCAAGGCCGAGGCUUGUGGCGUCGCAUGGUGCCCCGACUACAAGCCCGGCACCUAUGAGCCCGUCAAGACCAUGAAGCUCAAGGUCCGACAGUCUGAUCCCACCGUCUGCGCCCCCGGCACUGGCUUCUUCCAAUCGUGCUCCAACGGCUUCCGGGGUUGCUGCAAGACUGAUGCGUGCGCCGGCAAGGCUCCCGUCUGCCCUUCUGCGCAGGUCAAGGCCCGUCAGUCCGAUCCUACCGUCUGCGCCCCUGGUACUGGCUUUUUCCAGUCUUGCUCUAACGGCUUCCGCGGCUGCUGCAAGGCUGAUGCUUGUGCCGGCAAGGCUCCUGUCUGCCCUCAGUCUGUGAACGUCAAGGCUCGCCAGUCUGACCCUACUGUCUGUGCCCCCGGAACCGGUUUCUUCCAGUCUUGUUCCAACGGUUUCCGUGGCUGCUGCAAGGCCGACGCCUGUGCUGGAAAGGCUCCCGUCUGCCCUCAGCCCAAGAUCAAGGCUCGCCAGUCCGACCCUACUGUGUGCGCCCCUGGUACCGGCUUUUUCCAGUCGUGCUCUAACGGUUUCCGCGGCUGCUGCAAGGCUGAUGCUUGUGCCGGCAAGGCUCCUGUCUGCCCUCAGUCUGUGAACGUCAAGGCUCGCCAGUCUGAUCCCACCGUCUGUGCUCCCGGCACCGGUUUCUUCCAGUCUUGUUCCAACGGCUUCCGGGGCUGCUGCAAGAAGGACGCUUGCGCCGGCAAGGCCCCCAUCUGCCCCCACCCCGCGGAGAAUUUCACCUCCUUCACCAUCACUUCCAUCCACUUCCCCCACAGAAUGCGACUCCGACAGGCCGGUCGACAGGCCAGACAAGGGCUGGUCAGUCAAGCGUGUGAGCUAUGCAGGCGACGCAAGGUCAAAUGCGAUGCUGAUAGGCCAGAGUGUGGGAACUGUCGCGCAUUGAAGCUACCAUGCGAGUACAGCGCUCAGAGGAAGAAGCGUGGACCAAAGCCAAGGAGUUUAUCGACUAUCGAGACCAGGGACGAUGGCGAACAGGCACAAUCUUCAACAAUUAUCUUAUCUCCAUCUAUGCCUCAGGUUCCCGUGCCCGUCAUUGGCUCUUCACCACUAUCGUCAGCCGUGACGCCAACCACCAUUGCGUACUCCCCCCAAACUGAUGCUGGCUCACCAUGCAUUGCAUUGGCACCUCGAAAGGAGAGUCCAGCCGGAAAAGUUCAUCAAACUCUCACGAGCACCUUGGAGGCUCUUGCACAAUCUCCAGAGCACAUAAUCGAGGAGUGUAUCGACAUAAACAUGUUGUUGCGUUUCCCUACCAUUCCGGUUAUCCAACCAGAUGCGAUCAGGCGAGAGAGUCAUCUGCUGUUACCAACUUCACGACAUCUAUUUGAUGCUAUCACCAACUCCAACCAAAUAUCCUCAUCACAGGGCAGUCUCAUGCGAACCUUUGCUCACUUAACAACGGUCUUCGCCUGCGUCUGUUGCCGGAUGCCCAAAAACUCGAACCUGAAUGGCCGUGAAGCCUUAAUCACCGCCUUUCUUGAAGCAACUCGCGGAAUGAUGGCAUGCUGUGAGGAUUGGGACGUUAGUCAUGCCAAUUCGACAUCCCUUGUGAUCCGCAUGUACCAGUCAGCGGCACAACAUCACUUGGGCAAGACACGCGCAUCAUGGCUCAUGAUGGGCCAAGCUAUUCGCCUGGCUCUAGAUAUGCGUCUAUAUGAUGAAGUGUCACACCAGGACCUCGAUCCUUUGGAGGAUAAGUUGCGGCGGAAUGUCUACGGCUUGCUCUGUGUGGGUGACAUGUCGGCUUCGAUUCUGAACAAUAGGCCCUUGGCGUUUCAUGAGAUAUGCCUUGAUGAGACUUACACGCCUGUUGAGGUUUACAGCGAUUUCAGUUUGUUGUCUUCCGAAAGCGGUCUUUUUGAGCCUCCAUAUGAGCAGCGGUUUCAUCAAGGCUUUUAUCUCUGCCACGACCUCUGGAAGGCAGCAACAAAUAUCCUGCUCGAUAUGAAACUUCUCACCCAGACACUCACCUCUUCCGGGUUUCAACUUUGCUCCCAGGAUCCCAGUCAGCAGCGGAUCAUGCAGUCAUACAUGUCUUUUUGUGGUCUUCUCGAUUCGCUCCCGGCUUGGCUCCGCGAUCCUGAGAGACAUAUUGCUGGCAACGAAAUAGCCACGGCUUUUCAGCAACGGACCUUUUGGUACCAAAGGGCAGACCUUGUGGUGACCUUUCAUUGCCUCCGGCUUGUUAUUCUCCAACGUGCUGCGCAGAAAGGCUUCUGUGCACUUCUUGGGUUGACCAAUGAUCUGGACAUGCUUGCUCUUCGCAAGAUCGAGAUCGCCAGUGACCUGGUCUCAGUUGUGGAAGGAAUUCCAUUCGAUGCGCUGCAAGUGAACGGAGAGCCAUUGGUUGAGAAACUCCGCCAGAUCGGGGUCAGCCUCUUGGAAAUUGCACACCAGAACGAGAACACUGCUAUUUCUGGGCGAGCCCAAUCACUCUUGUCGCCAAUAAUCGAUACAAUCGCGCGGCUAGACUCUCGAGUAUCAGAUGAGCUGAGCGCGUACCCGGGCUUGGCAUGA